AUGGGAGGUUCAAAGGGAGAUGGUGGUGGUGGAGGAGGAGGAGGAGGCAAAGGUGGCGACUGGCGAUGGUGGGUCGGGAGCGAUGUGAGCUCCUGGUGGCAGCGGAAAGCAAAGAUGGGAGGUUCUAAGGGGGGUGGUGGUGGAGGAGGAGGAGGCAAAGGUGGUGGCGGAGGUGGAGGCAAAGGUGGUGGCGGAGGUGGAGGCAAAGGUGGUGGCGGAGGUGGAGGCAAAGGUGGUGGCGGAGGUGGUGGAGGAGGCAACGGUGGCGGCGGAGGGGGAGGUGGGAGGAGUGGUGGCCCUGGUGGGUCGGGAGCGAUGUGGGCUCCUGGUGGCAGUGGGUACAUAUCAAGGGAACAGUUUGAAAGUGAUCCAAAAGGUUACUUCUCUGAUCUGCAUGCUGAGCAGAAGGGUAGCAAGUGAAGGAUUGAACUGCGUGUUGGAGAGGACGCUUACUUUUUUUUCCCUAGAUCAAUCAUCAUAUGCUUGUCUCUCUCUGUAGUUACCUUAUUAUGAAAUAAAUGAAU